AUGGGCAUCGCGGAAUCCACGCCGGACGAGCUGCCGUCGGACGCCGAGGAGCAGCUGCGCAGCGGCGAGCAGCAGCUGGAGCUGAGCGGGCGGCGGCUGCGCCGGCUCCCCAGCGCCGUGUGCGCCCUGAGCCGCCUGCAGAAACUGUACGUGAGCGGCACGGGGCUGCGCGAGCUGCCCGAGGAGAUCGAGGAGCUGCGCGAGCUGCGCAUCCUGGCGCUCGACUUCAACAAGCUCGAGCGCCUGCCCGACGGGCUGUGCCGCCUGCCCCGUCUCACGCGCCUCUACCUGGGCGGCAACCGGUUGCUGGCGCUGCCCGCCGACUUCGCGCAGCUGCAGAGCCUGCGCUGCCUCUGGAUCGAGGGCAACUUCCUGCGGCGCUUCCCGCGGCCACUCCUGCGCCUGGUGGCGCUGCAAUCGCUGCAGAUGGGCGACAAUCGGCUGCGCGCGCUGCCCGCCGAGCUGCCGCGCAUGACGGGCUUGCGCGGCCUUUGGCUCUACGGCAACCGUUUCGAGGAGUUCCCGCCCGCGCUGCUGCGCAUGGGUCGCCUGCACAUCCUAGACCUGGACCGCAACCGCCUGGGCGGCUUUCCUGACCUGCACCCGCUGCGCGCGCUGCGCGUCUUCUCCUACGACCACAACCCGGUCACCGGACCCCCGCGCGUCGCCGACACCGUUUUCCUCGUGGGUGAGGGGGCGGUGGAGCGCAUGGCUGAGCGCGAUGAGCCCAUACCGCGGCCGCCGCCCCGACGUCCAGCACGGGCCUUUGACGAUGAGGAGGAGGAAGACCUGCUCAUAGGAGGCACUGGCCCUAGGGCCCUGGGUCCCUCCGGGGGCAGCCACCGUGCCCUAGAAGCCGCACCAGGACUGGGCACUUGAGCUUCUGCCCUGGCUGUUGUGCUUUGGCCACUGUGGAAGAAAGGGCUGUGGGAGGCUGUGGCUGCCUGGAUCAGUAGGCUGCUGGGCCCCUAUUUGGGGUAGUGGAGGAGUAGCACUGGACAAGCUGCCAGGAACAGGCAAGGCCUGGGUCAUCUUUAGACACACUUGGGUAGCAAGAAGAAUCCCCAGGAAGACAUCCCUGCAGUCUUCAGGCCAAGAAGUCCGGGUUUUGUCUAGUAUGGGAUAGAACCACUGCCCAUACAACAUAGGAGCCAGCUUCCUUCUGGAAGUCUUGUCAUCACUGUCCGUAGAACUGCCCCACUCAGUGAAUCUGAGUGUCCAGGGUGUCUACCGCCCUCCUCCCGGGGUUUGGUUCUCCUAGGUACCCUUUCUGGUACCAGAGCCACUACCUCUGAGGUGAACUGUGUAGGGUAAAACUCCCUUUUGGGAGGAGGGCCUGGCCCAGGGGCAGAACGCUGGGGACUCCUUCCAGGAUGGAAAUGAGGGAGACUGGGAUCUAACACCCACCAGGCCAACUCUUCAUAUCCUCAUCGCCAGGACCUCCAAUGGAGUCCAGCAAGAAAGCCCUCAGUCCUCACUUUUCUUUCUGGUCUCUUCUCCCAGCAUGGGUCUGGAAUCAUGCUGGGCCAAGAGAGAUCUCCCUCUCUUCCCCUCCAUCCUGCACUCCCAGCUGUCAAGUUUGAAAAGAAGCCACUGUGCCUCCAAGGUCUUCUGCCCCAAAGAGAGAGGGGCUUUGGGCUCUGGGCAGCUGCUCAGCGCCUCUCCUACUGCCUGUUCUCUCUCCAUUCCCUUACAUGGGCACAGCCAGGGUGGCUGGCAUGGCAUGGGGCAUGGGACGGGCACUGUGUGCCUCUACUCCGUCACCAGGGACAGCCCCGAGGGGCUGAGGAGACAGGCUCUGCAAUUCCCAGGGUCAGACCUUUCCCAUCCAAGCAAUAAUGGGAAGAGGUGUCAGGGCUGAGGACACUCAGGGACACUGUCAGGGGCUGGAGCCCCACAAGGUAGUGUUUUAUUUAGGAAGAAAA